GCAGCCAAGCAUCAUGAAGCUCACAACCCUCUUCCUCCUCCCAACCCUCGCCCUCUCCGCCGCCCUCGUCGAGCGCACCCCAGACGCAGACAUAGACAUAACGGACCUCCACACCCACGACGCCCGCGCAACAAUCUGCGGCUCAGGCUACACACUGGAUCGAGCCAUCCCCCUCCCCAAGGGCGUCGACCCGAACAAGCGCAAAGCCACCCUCUACGCGUACGGCAACGGCCACGGCAAGGGCUGCGUCUUCCUCGACAACAACGUCGGCAAGAAGCAGUACAUGUCCAUCAAAGUGUGCAAGACCGGAGGCGGCAGCUGUGAUACGGACGCCGGGAACUUUGGACAGUAUGCUGGGCCCGUCUAUGUGUCGAGCUUCGCGUGUGCGCCUGUGACGGCCAAGAUGGGGUCUUCCUCGUCGAAUCUCUAUAUUAAUUAUAAGACUGAUUAUGUUUUCCCAUGUAACUAGGCUGUUGUGCCGGGUGACUUGUCAAUACGAAUGAAAUUGAGUUAAAAUAUGAG